AUGCGCAAGCCUCUUAUGCGCAUUCCCUACACGGAACUCUUGGCCCCUCCCACAACCCGCCCAAGCAGCGCAAACACCAUCCCGGGUGCUGUUGCCGCUCUCCAGAACUUCUUCACGGCUCCGCCUCCAAAGGGCCUGCCGAGAUCGACCGUCGUACUGACUGGAGCGGGCCUCUCCGUCUCUAGUGGGCUCGCCGACUACCGUGGAGUCAAUGGCACAUAUCGCGUGAACAAAGCCUACCGCCCCAUCUACUACCACGAGUUCCUCGCCAAUCACGAAGCCAGGAAACGGUACUGGGCCAGGAGCUUCUUGGGCUGGACGUCGCUUCACAAGGCGUCGCCAAAUUACGGGCACUAUGCCAUCCGGGACAUGGGCCAGAUGGGCUUGAUUCGGGGCGUCAUCACGCAAAAUGUCGACUCAUUCCACUCGAAAGCUCAUCCUGACAUUCCAACUUUGGAGCUGCAUGGCUAUCUAAGAUCCACAGUCUGUGUGACUUGCAGGAACGAAUACCCCAGGGACGCCUUCCAGGAUGAGCUGGCGAGGCUGAAUCCAGCCUGGGCUGCCUUCCUCGUCGAUGCUUUAGCUUCUGGGGCUCUCGACACGGAGAAUCCUGCCGAGCGCAAGGCCAAGGGCAUCAGGACCAACCCAGAUGGAGACGUGGAUCUCCCAGGCGCGCCUUACACCACCUUUAGAUAUCCAGCUUGCCCGCACUGCCUCGCGAAGCCGCCGUCCACGCCCGACGGUACCAGACACGUCGUUGAAGUUGACCAUGAUGGUGCGUGGAAAUCCACCAGUUCCGGGGGGGUCUUGAAGCCCGCCGUGGUCAUGUUUGGUGAGAGCAUUGCCAGCGACGUCAAGACGGCAGCCGAAGAGGCCAUUGACGGGGCGGGCAGACUUCUCAUUUUGGGGACUUCGCUUGCCACGUACUCUGCAUGGCGGUUGGCCAAGAGGGCGCUGGAUCGCGGCAUGCCCAUCGCGGUGGUGAACACCGGAGGCGUACGGGGCGAGGACCAGAUCUCCGCUGUAGAAGACCCGGAGCCCACAGGCGUUCGAGGAGUCCGGACAGAAGUAUCCACGGAUGUCGUGCUCCCCGCGCUGGUAGAGCAGCUACGCCAGCUGCCGGAAAGCGCUUCGGGUCCGGUUGGAACCGUAGGAGCGCCCAGAGAGAACCAUGGUGUGUUCAAAGAUAUGUUGUCAUAG